AUGUAAUUAAAUUAAAGUCCUAUACCAUAAGAAAAACUUAGUUUUCUCAACACUCUCUUAGACAAAGAGCUUGAUAUGCUCAAAUGUAAUAAUGUCCCUAGUUAUCUUCAAAAAACCUAACCUUCAUCUUAUUUUGAAUAGGAAUCAAUUCAAAAUUCUAGUAUCAGAGCCUUAAGUAAUAAUCCUACAUCAUAAACCAAACGCACAACUAAUGGAGAUUUGAAUGAAAUCCAAGAUAAAAUUGUUACUAUUGAAGCAAGAAUUCAAAAAAAUAUUGAAAAAUAAAUUCAACCAAAUCAAUUAGUACAACAAUAAGAGUUUAAAGAUUCAGAUGAAGAAACACCUCUAAAGAAUAAAUACAAUCAUAUUUAAUCAUCACAUAAAAAACAGAUAAAAUUUACAGAGUAAGAACAAUCAACUAAAACACUGAAUAAAUCCUCUUUUCAUGAGGAGAGGAAGAAUAAAUUCUAAUAAUUGGAAAAGAAUAUUGAAAGUGCAGAAAACAAAUUAUCUUAAUCAAAAGCAUAAAGAAAAUCUAUGAGUCAAGCAAAAUCAAAAAGUAAAGAAAAAUCUUAGACUUCAUUAUAGAGAGGCACAAGCACUUAAUAAUAAGAUGUCUAAUCAUUAUAAAUUAAGUUAUCAUAAUUAAGAAAAUAAUGGGAAGAUGAUAGGGCUUAAUUAAUAAAGGAAAAAUAAAAGAAUUAAUAAAUGCAAUAGUAAUUAGAUUAAUUAAACAAAAAAUUGAAGAAAGCAUUAUAAUAAAAUGAAAAAUAUAGUCAAAUUGAAUAAGAAUAAUAAAGAUUAUAAGAGAAUUUUGAAAAGAGUGAAUUUAUUAGAUAAUAGUAAAAAUAAUUAAUAUAAACAUUAAAAUAAGAAAUUGAAGAUUUUAAAUCAAAUAACAAUAACAAUAAUAAUAAUAAUAAUAAUAAUAAUAAUAAUAAUAAUAAAAGUAAAUAAAAAAAAAGAGGAUUAGAAGAUAAUAGCAACAAAUACUUAAAUAAAUGA